AAUCAAGUUUAUUUUGACAUUCCGAAGCGUUUGAGGUUAUGUGUAUUUUGAAACGUUUUGAUUAAAAUAAACUAUUUAAGAUUAUGUCAACAUUAGAAGAUACAAUAGGUUCUUUAGAACUUGAAGACGAUUCAAGUGAAGAAGAUGAGAUACAAAUUAAUUUUCCCGUAGCGAUGUGGGAUUUUAAUCAAUGCGACCCAAAAAAAUGUUCAGGGCGUAAAUUAGCACGUUUAGGACUAGUAAGACCGCUUAAAAUCAAACAACGUUUCCCGGGUUUAGUAUUAACACCAACAGCUGAAAAAUGCGUAAGCCCUGCAGAUAAAGACAUCCUAGAAUCUAAAGGAAUCGCUGUUGUUGAUUGUUCAUGGGCUAAAAUCGAUUCGACACCUCUUGGGGCGUUAAAACCUCAACAUGGACGUUUAUUACCAUUUUUAGUAGCCGCUAAUCCGAUAAAUUACGGACGUCCUUGUCAGUUGAGUUGUGUAGAAGCAAUUGCAGCUACUUUGUAUAUUAUUGGUUAUAAAAACGAAGCUAAACAUUAUUUGGAUAAAUUUUCUUGGGGACAUUCUUUCAUAGAACUCAAUAAAGAAUUGUUGGAUAUUUAUGCAGGGUGUAGUGAUAGUAAAUCUGUUGUUGAAGAACAAGGAAAAUAUUUAAAAAAGGAACAAGAACUUCAAUUAAAACGAAAAGAUGAAAGAGAUUUCCCACCAUCUUCUUCAAGCGAUGAUGAAAGUGAUGAAAAAACUUAAAUUUAGCUUUCAAUUAAUAAAUAAAAAACAAACUAUGUUUUAAAUUAUAAAUCUCAUU